GCUCAGAGCUGCCGCAGCGUCCGAGCCAGAGCCCAAGCGCGCGUGUGAGCAAGGCGCUAGGUGCGAGCGGUGGCUGGCGACGCACCCAAGGCCCGGGCACUACAGCGCCCCGGCUCAGGGCUUGCGCCUCGCCUGCUGCAAACUAACCUGAGCGCCAGGAUUCGGCCGGAUUCCUCAACGGCCCGAGCUCACCCCAGCCCGGCCUAGCCGAACCCCUGCGCCCGCCUGCCCGCCUGUCGCAACAGCAGCCGCAGCCGCCGCUCCAUCCCCAGCUGGGGCCCCGCAUCCAGGCCGCCAGGAUGGACGUGUUCAUGAAGGGCCUGUCCAUGGCCAAGGAGGGCGUUGUGGCCGCUGCGGAGAAAACCAAGCAAGGGGUCACCGAGGCCGCGGAGAAGACCAAGGAGGGUGUCCUCUACGUUGGUGGGCGAGGGGCAGGGCUUCAAGGUCUUGGGGGGUUUGGGUGCCGUCCCAGGAGAAAGUGGAGCCAGCAUCCUUAGAGGGCAGGAGUCAGGGUCCGGGCAGGGGAAUAUGAGUCAGCAGAUGGGGCAGGGUGCACAGGGGUCACUAAGGACAUAGCCAGGGACAGAAGCCUGGGUCAGUGAAGAGAUCUGGGGGUGCAGGAAGGGUUGGUGAAGGUGGAGUUCAGCUGAAAGGCCAGGGACCAAUGCUGAGGUCAAAGCAGAGGGCCUUCUUUUUCUUACUCUUCCCAUUAUUAAUAGUUACCUGGUGUUGAGCCCUUACUCUCUGCCAGGUCCCGUGAGAAAAACAUCCAUAACCUUCAGUACCUCAUUUAGUGCUCCCUGCUCAUCUCCAGACCAGGGAGACUGGGGUUCCCUGAGGUUUAACCCUCUUGUUCAAGGUCACAGCUGAUCAAACCUGAAACUGGAGUUUGAGUUGAGCUUUAUAGAUUCCAAAGUCCCACCUUUCCCCUUGCCACCCUCCUUCCUCUGCAACUGGGGCUCCCUCCUAGCCCUCCUUCCAGCUACUUCCCCCUCUGAAUCGCUCUCUGGGUCUCCCUGCCUCCCCGCAAUCCCUCCAUGGGCCUCUCUCCUCUGGGUCCAGAGUCCUUGCAGCUGCCAGCUGUCAGCAGGAGAAGGGCCAAGGGGUUAAAACAUCUCACUCUAAGUGGGGAAGGAGGGUCAUUUGCAUCAACAGAGGCAAGAAACUGAUAUUUCUGAAUUUCAGUGCUGGUUCGGGGUUUACUUUUGUGCAGUGGGUAGAAUUAUCCCCCAUGCAGGCUCUAGAGAGCUGGAUAACUUGCCCAUGUUAUGGCAGAUUUGGGAUUGCGGUCAUCUGAAAAAUACUGAUUGACCACCUACUGUGUGCUGGUAGUGCCAGCUCUCCUGAUAGUGAUGUCAAGCAUUCCAGUGGUGGGGUGGGACAUCGGGUGGCCAGGGUGGGGGACCACUUUGGUCAGGUAAUCAGAGGGUAGCAUUUGAGCUGAGCCUGACUAGUCAGGAGGGUGGGUAGGGGGACGAGUUGGAAAAGCCCUGUGCAAAGGCCCUAGAAUGGGCUGAAGGACACUGGGUUAGAGAGCAGAGGGCAGAAGGCAGUGGUAGAAGAUGAGGUCAGAAAGGUGAGCAAGAGCCAGUUCAUGAGGGGCUCUUGCAGGCCAGGGCAAAGCAUUAUCAGCAUUGCCAGGACAGAUUGCAAGCCAGGGACUGGCACAAUCUGAUUUCAGUAUGGAAAGGUCCCUCCGGCCUCUGGGGACAGAAUAGAUUGCAGGGGGACCUGCUGUAAGGUAGCAAAGCCACCAGAUGAGAGUGGCUGGAACUAGGGCAGAGGUGAUGGAGACUGGGUGAGGACUUGAGCCCACACCUGCUGGACCCCAACUCUGGCCUCCCACCUGCCUCCUCCUUCAGCCCUUUCACACCCAAAGACCCCUGGUCUCUCAGCCCCUCCUCUUCCUCUUAGAUUGGCACCUCCAGCUCCUCCCUCUGACCUGGAAAUCCUGAUAGCCCCCAGUUUCCCCUCAUCAAAGCCUCAGCUCCCUGCAGCAACAUUCAAAACCUCCCAAGGUCCUGAUUCAGUUUCCUUCACUCCGAGCACAGAGACCACCAUCAAUGGGCUCCCUGAUGGCCCUGAAAGCUCACCCUUCUGUCUCACCUGUGCCCAGAAUACCCUCCGCAGCCUCCUUUCUGUGUAUCCUCCUGCCCCCCAUUUGUCAAGGUCCAGGCAAUGUCCCCUCCCCAACCAUGUACCCCUCCCAUCGAGGCUGGAUGUCCUCUCCCCACUACUUGAGGUCCAGGGCACCAUCUCUGCUCUUCUCUCUCCCCCAUCUGACAGUGAUCCCUUGGCCUGGGGCCUGACACAGAGCAGGUACCAACAAGCAUUUGUGGGGGGAACAAAUGGAUGUGUGCAUGUAUGGGGGGCGGGGGGACCCAGUCUCCGGGGCUGGUGGGCUUUACCCUUGAGAAUCCUGUCCUCCUGUGCCCACCUCUCCUCCUCCCACCAGCCUCAGCUGGCCCAAACACCCAUUUCUGACUCCACCCACUGUUGUCUAGGUUGCCAAAUCCUCAGGAUGGGAGACUCCCCACUGCCCACCUGAGGACAGGCUCCCUUGCCUUUCCCAGUUGCUACCCUCCUGGGAAGCCCAGUCAAUGCUGUGGGUGUCUGUCCCAGUAGUCACAUCGUCCUUAGAUCAUCCUGCAUCUAAGACACUCCCCACUUCGGCCAGAAGGACAGAUUGCACCCUGGUUAGAAGAGAGCCUUUAGAAGAAUUGGAGCGUGGAGGGUGGGGGGAGGGAUGAGAUGUGUGUGUCCUUGGGUAGGGUGUGGGCAGUUAUGCAUCAGGAGCACCAGAGGCACCUUUCCAAAUACAGAGCCUUUUUGCCCCGCCCCCAGCUCCACCCCCACGCCUACCCCAUCUGCUCACAUCCUGGGCAGAGGAUUAAAUGAACUGGGGCAAAUAGAGUGUUUUCAUGGGGCACUCAGGCAACAGCCACCUGAGGGUGUGGGUACUACAUCAGUCGGGGGGACAGACAGUGGGGAAGACUGAGGAUGUAAGUGGGGUGGGGGACACUGAUGGGAUGUGGGGGCCCAAGGAGGCAGUGAUGGGGCCAGGAUGCCCACUGCUGCCUGGAUCCCUCUGCCCCCUAUGUAACCACUGUGCUUGCUGGAGCCUGUUUCCUCAGCUCAAAACCCUUAAGUGUGCUCUUUUUGUCACUACAGGAAGCAAGACCCGAGAGGGGGUGGUACAAGGAGUGGCCUCAGUGGCUGAGAAAACCAAGGAGCAGGCAUCACAUCUGGGAGGAGCCGUGUUCUCUGGGGCUGGGAACAUUGCGGCAGCCACAGGCCUGGUGAAGAAGGAGGAGUUCCCCGCUGAUCUGAAGCCAGAGGAAGUGGCCCAGGAAGCUGCAGAGGAGCCGCUGAUCGAGCCCCUGAUGGAGCCAGGAGAGAGUUAUGAGGAACCGCCCCAGGAGGAGUAUCAGGAGUAUGAGCCAGAGGCGUAAGGGCCCAGGACGGCCCCUCACCAGCAGCACAACCCCUUCCCUGUCCCCUGCUCCUCCCCCCCCCCCCCAGAGCCAGGGCUGUCCUUCCACCCUUUCCCCUCAAAACAUGAGAUCUUCCUUCGCUCCGAGGCGCCCCCUUCGGAGCCUGUGUUAGUGUCUAUCUGUCUGUCCUACCCGCCCGCGUCCAGGCCUGGGGGGUGGACAGAGCCGGGGCUUCGGCCACGGCUGGGAGCCUCGCCCCACCUAUGUUGCCCCUCCCUGCCCCAUCCCCUUCAGUGUCUGCGCGGAUGUAGCAUGUUCUAUGUGUGUUUAAACUAAGAUCAGAAAGCGACGGCUCCCCUCCACCCCGCGACAGAGGCUCUUUAAGGGGCGCCGGGGCAGCCCCAGAGCCCCCCCCCCGACUCUCACAUCGACCCCAAGAACCUUUUUUUUAAAAAAACAAAACAAAACCAGGAGCCAGUCUGUGCCAUGCCCCAUCCCCCAGCCGGCCCGGUGUGAGCGCUGGCUUCGUGUGUCGUGAUUGUGGCAUGGAGAGUCCCCCACCCUCGUGUGAGCGUGUCCUGGGCGGGCGGGCCCGACCGCCCCCCGCGUGUCCAUGAAUAAAGCCAAUCUGUCUGUAGCAGGCGCCGCACGGGCAGGGCUGGACUGGGCUGGGCGCCGGGUUGGGGCAGCCAAUGGACUUCCAGGUCCCAGUCUGCCCCACUCCCCUCUUUGGGGCUCAGCACACUCAGCCCAGGUGCAAGACUGACUACCUUGGGCCUCAGCUUCGCCAUCUCCUACCCUUUCCCCGGGAACAACCUGGAGGGGCCCCCUCGCUGAGGCUGGGACUCCCUGCUCGCUGAGAGACGGGAAGGCGGCCUCGGGCGCCACCUGCUGGACCGUCACCUGCUGGAGGUGCAGGGCGGAGGGAAGCCUGGAGCCGUGGAGGUGCAGGGCAGACAGACUCACACCGCAAGGUACUUGCAGCGCAGGCGCAUCGAUGGCCACGCCCGCGCGGACUCGUAUGCAUCUACGCUGGUCCUUGCGCGCCAGCCCAAGUGUAGGAGCCAGGCAGGCGCGCAUCUGCACGUAGGGGUGCACGCACGCUGGCCGACAAAUGCAGGCCGGCCCGCGCAGUCACAGGGGCACCGGUACCGCGAAGAAGCUCUUGGAAAACAGCAGCACGAGCACUGGAAGAAGCUGCUAGAUGCAAACCUUUCUCCUGGAGAACACUAAUGCAAAUACCUCUUCGCACACCUCCCCACUGCAGAAAAGCUCAUCUCAGGGGAAGGGAAAGGGACAGUUGCCCCAGAAAAAAGCAGUGUUCGGGCAACCGAUACUCCAGCCUUCCCAGAAAGGUGCCCGAAAGUUAACGACCUCUGCUGAGGUGAGAAAGGGUCUGCAGAAAUCUGGGAAGUUGGCCUGGAGCCUUGAGUGGAUCGGGACUGGCACUAGAGGGCCCCCAACACCGCCUUGGUCUUCGGAAGUAGGGGGCGGAGAUGCCGCGGUGCUGCGCAGAGGCCUCGCCUCCAUCAAAGCGAAGGCCCUGCUCUGAUUGGCACAGAAGCCCCCAGAGCGCGCCCGCGUCGAGGCCCCGCCCCCAUCGAUGCAGCGCUCAUGCCCUCAUUUAUGACAGCUUCUGGCUAACCUGGCUUACAUGGAAGCCCCGCCCCCACCCAUGCGGAAGCCCGGCUCUUUGCCGCAAUAACCCCACCUGGCCCGAGCCAGUCCCCACCCCUUCUCUGCCAGGUCCCACUUCCUUUGCCAUUCAAGCCUUGCGUCUCCCCUCCAGCCCCAAGGGCUGGAAGGAGCUUGCCCUACAAAGUCAACCCCCGCGUAUUUAACGCCCCCACCUUCCCUGAGUCGUUGGGAGCAGGAGGUGGUGCCAGGUUCGGGAAGGCCUUGAACGCUGUGGAGACCGGUCCACUAGGGUCACCUUGGCCUGCCAUGUACUAGCCUUUACUUCCGAAAGUAGGACGCUGCUUGCUAGACGUGUGUAGGGAGAAUCAGCGGGUGGGCUCCGACUUUCUGACUCAACGUGAAGAUGCCAGGAUCUCCAGAUCCCUUUUGGCAGAAUUAAGACACUAUUUACAAUCCACAGUCUGCAGGGAUUGCAAACUUGUGGCCCUUAGGUUGAAUUUGGCCUGUAGAGAUGUUUAAUUUGCUAGCACAAGGGAUACAUUUUUUUCGUUUGAUUCCAGAUGGCGGCUUUCCGUCCCUAUUGUAUUUCCCAUCCACUUCACUCAUUUUCAUGAACUGCCUGGCCUCUGAAGAAUUUGAGUUUGCCACCUCCUUGCCAGCUACCAGCACCUGAUCCCCAUUUUUAGAUGCCAAAACCAGGUUCACCAUCUGGCUUGUGAAGAGGUUUAUUCCUCCUUCCCGGGUAUGGAGCCAUGCACCUGGUUUUCUGAGUUUGAUUUUCUGCUGAGACCAAUGUUCUCAUCUGCAGGGGUUCACUUUACAUGCAUUCCAGGCACAAGCCCGGAAGCCUCAGCCGAAGAUGCCAAGUCAGAUGGCAGUCCUGACUAAGUGCAUGUGUGAGACCCCACAGCUCAAGGGCUCCUCCCUCAUGACAGGGACAGAACUAUUUCCCCAUUGCCCAAUAUUUCCCAGGUAUCCAACACUUGCCUCUAUUCAUUUUACUUGAAACCAUCUUCAAGGAUUCCUUGUUAUUAGCCCCAGCUUACAGAUGAGAGGAUGGAGACCAGAGAGGCAAAGUUAACCUGCCCUAGGUCACGCUGCUGGGAAGUGGCACAGGCCACAUUCAGCCUGGAGCCUGACUCUGAAGCCCAGUUCCUUUGGAAUUUUCCAUAAGGAAUGCGCAUUGAGGGGAGACAAACGAAAUCCACCAACAAUAGGAAAAUGUGGAGGCAGCAAAGUCGAGAUAACAGAUGCUUGUGGAAUUUCAUGGAGACUGCAAGUGAGAUUGUGUGUGGUGGGGGAGGGGGCGAGCUGUCUAUGCACACUUACCUAUGAGUUUGGAUGUAUCUGUGUUCACAUGUGUACAUGGAUGUUGCCCGAGUGUUGUGUGUGUUUAGUCAUUCGACAGCGUGUGUUGCUCACCUGCUCUGUUCUUAGAAGAAAGGGGCUGCAAGGGAGCAGCCCUGCAGGUCACUGCCCUGACAUAACUCAUGUCCCUGGAUCAACAAAUACAUGGAUCAAGAUAAUUUUGAAUUUUAUGAAGAACAUAAAACAGAGCGAUGUGACACAAUAGGGGUGGUGACCCACAUUCAGUGGAGUGGUCAGGUCAUGUGUCUGAGGAGGCAAGCUUGGAGCUGACACCUGAAUGAAAGAAGAGCUGGGGAGAGUGAGCAUCACAGCCCAGGAAGAGCCCACUGUGUCUGCGUGGAUACCGGGUGUGUGGUUGGCAAGGCCAAGCCCCACCAAACCUCUGAGAUCCGUGGGUCCAGCCUCCCCAACCUGGUCCACACCUAUCUUUCUUCUCCUGCUUCUUUCCUCCACCUGGUCUCUGUUCAAAGUCCUUCCCUCUUCAGAGCUUCCCCCAGUCCUCCAAUGAGAAGUGACUUCUCGUCAUCUCCAUCCCGCUCAGCUGUGCACACAGAGACCCCCUCCUCCCCCUUGUCAGCACUCUUAGGCCCAUCGCCAGCAGGCUAACCUGAAACCCGCCCUCUCCCCUGAUGAAGGGAUCAGAGGUGUCCCCGCACCCCACCAUUCGCCCGUCUCCCUCCCUGUCUCCCCACAUCCACCCCUAGUAAUGCAGCUCCACAGCUUUCUCUGGAACUUUAUUUUUGUUUUCUCCCUUCCCUAUUUAUAGCUCUCUCUCCCCUCGGAACCAUCCCUGCAUCCAUCCGGUUGCCUAGAAACCAGUUCUGGGCUGAGGGUGGGGGAAGGCCAGGCCGAGCCCAGGCAGAGGUAAAGAAGAGCUGUCACCCACUCCCCUUCUCGGCACCGCCCCCAGGUUCCCAGAACCCACUGCCCAGCACCCACAAGUGUUUUGUUUUGUUUUGUUUUUAAAGAUAAAACAAAAUGUGGAAAACAGCAGCCUUUGCGAAGCCUUUCACAGCUUCUAAAGGGCGUGAUGCACAUGGCUGCACUCAUGCCUCUCAACAGCCUGCCCCACCAGAGACUUGGAUCCAUUUUUUCAGAUGAGAAACUAAGGCUUUGGAAAGCAAAGGUCCUAUGGGUCAAGUCUCCUCAAUAGCAACUCCAUGGCUCUGCACUUUUUAGAAUAUUGGCCUGAAACACAGCAAAGAAGAUUUAAAAGCAUAAAUAAUCCCAUGACCCACUAAUUGCAGAACAGUAAGAAGAAAAAUCUUGUCAUGAUCCUGUCACGCACCAAGCCACCAGGCUCACCUCCAUACACUCCGCAUGCCUCCUGCUUUGCCACUCCCCCAGGCUGCUUCCAAUGCCCCAACCAUGGCCCCACGUUCCCUUACUAUGUCCCCACCAUGCUCAGCUGCAGCUCAACCCUGGCCCUAGUGCUCACUUUCCACAGAUUGGAGCAAGAAGCCUAAGCUUGGUUCCUGGCUCUAUUAUUUCACCAACUAUGCGACCUUGGAUAGUUCACAUAUCCUCUCUGAGCUUCAGUUUCCUCGCUCAAAAGCGAGUAUGCUAAUUUCCACUUCAUAGGACUAAUGAGAGAAUUCCCUGCAAUACUGUUGCGAGAGUGCUUUAAAAACUGUAGACUACUGUUAACACAUGAGUGAUCAAUUAGGAUUGUAGGUAUUACCAUCGUUGUUAUGACAGCCAAAAGGUAGAACAGGGAAGCCAACGUGGGCCCUGGGAUCAGAGAGAGAGCCCCUUGCCCACAUCCAGGCAGAAGGAUCCUCUCUCCUGGCAGAAUGAGGGGCACAGGUGGGGGCUCCCUGAGAACACCUGCCGAUCACUGGGGAAUAGAGGGGCACAGAGGCCCUCUUGUGCCUGAUUCCUCCUUCUCAAGUGCCCAUGCUCCCUGCCCCCACCCCACUCUGGCCCAUCUCUGCCUUUAAAAUAGGCUCUCUGGGCACAGUGGGGGAAAGGGCUGCCGAGAAGCAGCUGGGCCAUGAUUCAGCCUGAGUCACCCAUCCGAAUCCCCGGGCCGCCCCCAGCUGGGCCAGGGCCUGCAGAUGCUGGAGGGAGGGGAUGUGGGGCGGGGGAGGGGGACUCUGUGGGCAUCAGGCUGUCCUCAUAGGUGCCCAGGCCAGGGGCUCCUACGAAUACCAGGGCAGCACUGUGAGGGCCUGGGAGUGGUGCAUGUGAAGAGGCCAGGGUGAGAAAGAUGACCUCAUUGGACAUCAGUUACCUAUGCUAAGGCAGUGUGUGUGUGUGUGUGUGUGUGUGUGUGUGUGUGUGUGUACGUGCGCAGGCAUGCGUGCACGGGCCUGUGCAUGCAUGAGUGUUGCCUGCAUAUCUAAGUGAAGAAGGGCAGGAGUUUGGCUCCCAGCAUUGUCACUUUCUAACUGUGACCCUGGCAAGUUACUUAACCUCUCUGAACUUCUGUUUCCUCAUCCAUGAAAUGGGAAUCAUAAUAAGAUCAAUCUCAGAUGAUUUUCUUAAGGGUUAAGUAUAAUGAAAUGAAAACUGUGAAACACUUAGAUGGUCAAUAAAUGGUAAA